GCGCAGUAUCAUCUGCUGCGAGCGGAGGAAAAAACAGCCGAUGCGAUCGACCUUCAUUUCAUCCAGACCCGCUUCUGACGGUGAACACCGCUCGUUCGUAAAUACCAAACCUCUACAAAGCUACGGUUUCACUGUGAGCCUCAGUCGGCGCGAUGAAGUUCGUCGUGGUUUUAGUCUCCGCCGGCCUCCUGGCUUUUCUCGGCGCGGUCAUCUGCAUCAUCGCCAGCGUGUAUUCACGAUCCUCGGCCGCCGCGCCCCAAGCGCUAUCCGACAACCGCUCACUGUCUCUAAUGGAGCCGCUGCCCGGAUCCGUAGCGCACGCCGGGCCGCUCGGAGCUCUCCACGGUGCUGAAUCGUACGAAGGCGGCGGACUGGAUAUCGGCCUGGAGAUGCCUUCGCUCAAUGAGCUCAGUGCUGGGGAGGUGACUGGGCCGAGUCCGAAACGGUUCACCCUCAAUCGACUCAUUUGCACCCCCGUUCCCAUCACCGAUUGCAAAUCCAGGGGGUUGAGAGAACAAGCCGACGACCCUUUUGCGGAAGAGGAGGACUGGAGCCUCCGCACCACCGCUGAGGAGCUCCGGCAGAUCGUCAUGCAACAGAACGACCAGAUCCUCAUGGACCAGAGGACCAUCACGGAGCUCACCGGGAAACUCUCGGAGUGUGAGAGCGGGCUGGAGGAGAGGAGUCUGCACGAGAGGAGUAUGGGGGUUUGGGCGGGCAACCGUCGCCACAUGGCCGGGGACGAUGUGAGCGGCUCGGUCGCGGUGCAGCUGCAGACGGCGCGGGCCGUGGAGGAACUGGAGAAAGCCAUUCUUCAACUCAAAGAUCGCAUAGAAAAGUUGGAGUUGGAGAUAGGCCCGGCAGCGAUGAACCACUCCGAGCAUACUGUGAGCACACUGGGGAGUGUAGUGGUGGGCGAGCCUGGCAGGCCUGUGGAGGAUCUGGAGGGAGAACUGGAAAAAAAGAUUAGGCUGCUGGAAAAAGAGAGGAAGAACCUCCGAAAAGAGACCCAGAGCCACCACCAGCACAUAGACCAGGGAAUCAACACCCUGCAAGAACGUAUUGCAGAAUUGGAACAGAGUCUUACAGAUUACAGUUACCCACAAGGGUAUAAACUUUCUUUCCCUGUGCGGACUAACUACAUGUAUGGGCUUGUCAGGCGGAAUAUACCAGAGAUGUACGCCUUCACAGCGUGUCUGUGGCUCAAACCUGCUGAGAGUGGAAUUGGGACACCAUUUUCCUAUGCUGUACCGGAACAACCCAACGAACUUGUCCUGUUGCAGGGCAUUCAUAAUCCAGCAGAACUACUCAUAAAUGACAAGGUGGCACAGCUUCCUCUGUCUUUGCCCCAGGGUAUCUGGCAGCACAUAUGCGUAAGCUGGACCCUACGUGAUGGAGUUUGGAAAGCAUAUCAAGGUGGAAAGCUGAGAGGACGGGGCGAAGGUUUGUCCGCAUGGCACCCAAUCAAAUCUGGAGGUGUCAUGGUGUUGGGACAGGAACAGGACACUCUUGGCGGGCGAUUUGAUGCAUCCCAGGCUCUUGUUGGGGAGCUUUCGUUGUUUAAUCUAUGGGACCGGGUGUUGUCGCCAACAGAGGUUGCUGCUUUGGCGGCAUGUUCAGAGUCUCCCCGGUUGGGGAACAUAGUGCCCUGGACAGACCGAGACGUGGACGUGUUUGGAGGGGCCGUCAAGGACUCCGUGGACCCCUGCCUUCAAAGCUCCCAUCCUCGGCAGUGAGCAGGGCUAUGGGUUGAUACCUUUCUUUUUGUGAGGCGAGGGUAAAUGAGACAAAAAUGACCUGAAAGGUAUGACAACUGUGCCGUGGCCCCGGUCUGUGUAUAGAAUAUAUUUACCGUAGAGCUACACUCUCACUGAGUGUUUGUUUCUGCAGGGAAGGGAUUUGUCUGUGCGUGUUGUUGUGUUACUUCGGAUAGAGCUGCUGCCGAAGGCUUUUAAAGGCCUGUUUGCGUCUCGUGUUGCUUAUGUUACUUCAUGCCCUUCUUCUCAAAGCAUUACCGCACAAUUGUCCCUUCAGAUAUAGAGAAUGUUGUUUUAAUACGAUGGAUGUGGCUCAUUCUCACAGCAUUUGUCUUGCUGUCGUUUCAUUAUUUGUGUACAGUGGAGCUUUCGCUUCUUUCCCAGAGCAGCUUUUUACUUUCUUGUUUUUAUUACCGGUCCCUUAGGGUCACUUCACUUGUUAUUUCAGUCCGGCAGCACUCGAAGGUGUACAACGUCUUAUCUUUAUCAUAAUAUGUUUGAAAUGUUGGGCAUUUGGUCACAUGGGUCUUUACUCUGCUGUAUAUCUUUUCUCACAGAUUCAGCGAGAUCCAAAACAGUUUUUAAACCAAAAUGUGCUAUUCGAAGCUUAAUGUUUUAAACAUCACACUAAAUUUUAAAGAUGUGCAGACCACACACUAUGAAAAUAUGAAUGUAAAACAGUGUUUAGCAUCUUGUCGUGUUACCAUUGCACUGCAUCUAGCCCUACUUGCCCCCUCACAGAGAAAAGCUUAAGGGGAAGUGCCUGUCUGUUUAUUUGACUCUUGCUAUUGGUUGAUGAUCAGCUGUGAUGUCAGUAUAGUGCUUCUUCAUAUUUGCACCACCAAGGAUCUACAAUGAUAUUGUGUCAAAAGUGGAUGAAAAUAUUAAAACUGUGAAGAAAAUGAA